ACUAGUUACAAUAUGUAUUACUCGUCCAACCCACAACCAGAAAAUGUUGGAGGAUUCCUGAAAGAGCCUGCACAGAACGAGAAUGUGGAAUUCCAACGAACUGACAGCCAAUAUGAAGAUAAAUCAGAAAGGUUCCUCCUGAAAGAUAAAAACUUCGUCAGGCAAUAUGCACACUUGUAUGCGGAAAGAUUAUGGACGAUGAGAGGGAAACUUGAGACGGCAGCAAAAAAGAAAUGGGGGAAAAAUAUUGAUGUCAAGAAACUACACGAGCUGCAAAGUGAUGAGAAAUGUGUGAUUAUUGGGACGCUGUUCAAACACAUGGAACUUCAACCAAGUAUAUUGAAGGAGAUCAGUGAAGAGCACAAUCUGAUGCCUCAGCCAAUACGAAGCCGAUUUGUAAAUGAUGCAGACAAACUUAUCCUAGAGGAUGAAUUACAAAGAAUUAUUUUGCUUGGAAAACUUGACACUCCCACUUCUGUUACAGGGGCCAUUAUUGCAGUAUACGGUAUGGAACCCGAAGAUGAUAAGGGAAAAUUCCAUGUUGAAGACUACUGUUUCCAAGAACUGCCAUCACAGAUCCCUAGACCUGUUCUGGAACAGGACAAGUAUGUCGCAUUAAUCUCAGGGAUAGAAGCUGGUGGGAGUGAUGAGAAGACAUUCCCUCUCCAGCUCUUUGUCGACUUGGUGACUGGUCAGGUUGGAGAUGCUGGACAACAAGAAGAUUCAGCUAAUAUUGUCCGUGUCAUUGUCGCCGGUAACUCUCUCAGUCAGGACACGCAGGACAAAGACAGUAUCAAUAAGGCCAAGUACCUCACCAAGAAGACGGUAGCUGGCAGUAUAAAUGCAGUGAAGGAUUUAGACGAUACCUUUGCCCAGCUGACUUCGUGUGUGGAUGUAGAUGUGAUGUCAGGGCAAUUUGAUCCGUCUAAUUAUAUCCUACCCCAGCAGCCUCUACACAAGUGUAUGUUCCCUCAAGCGUCUAGUUAUACCACCUUCCACACCACUACAAACCCCUACCAUGGUUGUGUGGAUGGUGUCAGUAUUUUGGGUACUUCUGGUCAGCCAACACAUGACAUAAUGAAAUACAGUACAAAUGAAGAUCCAGUUGAUAUUUUAGAAAAAUGUUUACAGUGGGGUCAUCUUGCUCCUACAGCUCCAGACACUCUAGGCUGCUACCCAUAUUAUGGAAAAGAUCCAUUUAUAUUAGAAGAAUGUCCACAUAUUUAUUUUGCUGGUAACCAGUCAGAAUAUGGUUGCAAACUCCAUAAAGGUCCUGCUGGUCAGCAGGUAUUGCUUGUCAGCGUUCCAAGAUUUUGCCAGACAAGUACAUGUGUACUCAUUAACCUGAAGACACUUGAAUGUCAAGCCAUUGAAUUUAACACAGAAUUUCCUGAACCAGCAAAGGAGAGUCCAGAGGUGGACAAGUGACAGUGUGCUACAAACUAGGACUAAAAGACUUAUACAGUGUAGAUGGCUGCAAUAUUAUACUGUUAAAUUUACGUGAUACAUAUUUCAAAAAUCAGGUAGUGCUCUCAUGAUAUAGUUUCCCUGCACUAUUAGAAUAAUUCAAAGCAAAAGUUAAGUUUCUGUAUAUGGAAAAUGCAAAUUGUAGGAUUUCAGAGAUGCAGAAUAUUACAUACCUGUGAUGGUUUCAAUACAAAAUGAAAGCAGGUAACCCUCUGUCGAGUAGCAGAAUAUUUAAAACUGACUGACUUUGACUAACUUGUAACUGCAGUCGCUUCUUCAGAGCACAACAAGAGGUCAGUUUUUGAUGCUUUGAUCAGGACAAAGAGAGAAUUUGUACCUGGAGAAUGGAUGUUUUGGAUUUUCGAAGACAAUGUAAAAUACUUGUAUAUUGGGGAUAUUUUUGUGCUGUGUAAUUUUUGGAAAAAUCCCUUAAAUGUCUCUUUUGCAAUUUCUUCUUGGUUUUUUUUUUUUUUUUUUUUUUUCGAUUUCAUUGUCUUUGAAAUUUGAAAGGCCUCUUUUGUGGACAUUGAAUAUUUUUGAAUGGACAUUAGUGUAGAUUCUAACAUCAAUUGGAGAUCUAACUGACCAGUUAAAAUAGGUGAGAGAUUUGCAUGUCCUCUAGUAUUAAUUUGUGAUAGAAAUAUUCACGACAAGAAAGUGCUCAGGUGCAUGUAAGUACAUCAGUUCUAUAGAUAUAUUACUGUUGCAUUUAAAGUAAAAAGUAUGCAAAUUUUAUGAUUUAGAAAUUUUUCUUUCUGUUUUUUUUUUGUUGCUAAAUUUGCCAAAACUGUGAUACCUGCAAACAAUUUCUGAUACAUGUGUAACCCUGGUAAAAUACUAGCCACAAUAUACCACUGGGUUAGAGAGAACUUCUCUUUAGCUCGAUUGGUUGAGCAUCAGACUAGUAAGCCAGGGUUCCUGGGUUCGAUUCCUAGUGGAGGCAUUGAAAUUAAUAAUGACCUCUGUUACAUAUGGUAUAGGCAUAAAACCUUCGGAGGCAAUAACUGGUCAUUUGGUUCAACACUGAACACAAUAAAGGGGUGAAAUUUUUUCUCUGGAUCUAUUGUGGUACAAAUUGCCCAUUUUAAUACCUUUUGGAGGUUUGUGGUUGUGUUUCGAUGCCUUUCUUUGAUGGAACUCUUGUUACAAGCACCUCCACGACUGAGACUAUAAGUGACAAUCACCAGGAGGAUUCGCUCUACUUACAAGGCAGUAAAGCAAAUUUUGUAGAAUAAUUCUAGUCCAUGUUUUUCUCUCUUUCUAUAAAGUUGAGUAAUUCAGUAUCACAAACAGGAAGAAUAGAAAACUCUUCAAUGUGAUUUUGACUGAUGAAGUUGUACCCCUUUAAAUUUAUUUUAAGCUGUUGAGGAUUAAAAUUAAUCUCGAGUGCAUUUCAAAUCUCCAUUAGCCAGUAUUGAAGUUGACUCAAAAAUGUUAAGUUAGUGAAUGCUGUUAACAACGGCUUUCACAUCGCAUUACAGGAAGCAUUUUCUCGCACCUUUCUGUUUGAAUUGAGUAAAUUAUUUAAGAAAUUGCACAUACUUUGAAACUAAUCAGCUAAAUGGUGUAUAAAAUAUUAAAAUUAAGUGAUCAGUUUGUCUUGUUGUUUUAAAAAGUAUGGUAAAAACAAAAUUAAUUGAGGCAAAACUGAUGUUUCUGUU